UUAUGAUUUCCACAUCAAAUCUCGGUCGUUCAUGUACAGACAAGUGCGUCGGAUGGUGGCUCUGGUAGUGGCUGUAGCUAAUGGUCAUAUGAACCUUGACGAAGCCCGUCAGUUAUUUGAUCAUCCAGGACAGUGGAAUCCGAAAGCUAUGACAGCUCCGCCGUACGGAUUGUAUCUUCUAGACGUUGGCUAUAAGAUUCCUCAAGAUGAGCAGCCUCAACGAAUUAUUGAAAACUAAGGGAGAAAAUUUGCGCCGAGUGACUACGCGAGUGACUUUACCGAGUGGACGAGUAUUUCAUGAAGGCGACGGAGUUGCAGUGGAGAGUGAACAAUCUUACGGUUUUGUCAUCGAUAACACACCAGAUCUACAGGUUAGGCAAGUGAAGGAAGGCCUUUUUGUCGCUUCUCAAGAUGUUGCCAAUGAUGCAGGAUUGAUUAAACAGUAUGGGAUCACCCACGUACUGAACGUUGCCGAAGUUCCAUCUCAGAAAUUGAUUGACCUUCACUAUCUCGAUGUUCACAUUUUGGACUUGCCCGAAGAACCGCUAAGUUGUCAUUUUGCAAAGUGUUUUGAGUUUAUAGAUGAAGCGCUUAAAAACGGCCGUGUGCUUGUCCAUUGUAAUGCUGGUAUUUCUCGUUCCGUUUCAAUCGUGGUUGCCUUCCUAAUGUGUCGUCGACAAAAGAGUCUCUUUGAGGCUAUAAGUCAAGUCAAAGCUGCCAGACCAAGAGCUCAACCUAAUGCGGGAUUUGUAAAACAGUUGAAGAUGUACGAGUCUAGUAUUUUGAACAAUGAUUCAAAACCUAACAGUUAGAGUGAAACCUUCUUAAUACACGAAUUGCCACAUGCCAAUUGUCUACAAUUUCCUAAAAUUCGGGUAGUUAGGAUCCACAAGUAUGUGAACAUUAAGGAAAUAAUUUACACUCGGACAAUCGGAAAUAUUCGUGAAAGUGAU